ACGGCACGUUUCUAAGGCAACACCGCAUUUAUUAGAGGCAAUUUUGUCCCGCUUUGAACGAUGGAACUCGUGGCUGAGGCAUUUUCUGCUUCUGGCUCCCGAGCUGAACGGAUUGCGGGAUCAUGGGCUCCAAUGUAGCGGCAUAUGCGGCUGUUUGCCGCGGCAACAGGCUUUCAACCGAAGAAGAUAAGGAUUACUAGAUAAUUUUGCCUCGGCUACCUACAGCACCUUUUGUUUUAAACACAGUUUCUUUUUUGCACGGCGACGCUCGUGUUUGCCCGUUUCGUGUAGAGGAUUUUCUAGACGCGAUUCAAGGUGAUGGUAUGCUCUCUGGCGUCGUCGCCCUUGGAGCAUACCAAAUCAACCAUGUAUGGGCGGUGACGAUGAAGACAGCCGAGGCUGCCCAAAAGCUGGCUGCACUCAACGAGCUGCAAGUGAAGGGGCGUCGUUGCCAGGUGAUCGACCCCAAGGAACAACAGGUGAAUCUUCGUAUGCACUGGCUUCUGCAUGGGGUGGAUCACGAAGACGUGAAGACCGCGCUGGCCUCCUUUGGCAAAGUGACUGAAGUGACCCGGGAGCGCUGGCGAGUGGAUGGCGUUUCCGAAAAGGGCUCUACCACCCGAGCAGUGCUGCUGCAGCUGAAGACUGGGAUGAAAGUUGACGACCUGCCCCACCAGAUCCGCGUCGCCGGCGAGCUUGCGCUGGUGGUAGCCCCAGGUCGCCCCAUGCAGUGCCUGCGCUGCCGGGGCUCUGGCCACGUUCGACGAGAAUGUAAGGUUCCCCGUUUUUCCUGGUGCAGGCUUUUCGGACACAACGACGCGGACUGUGUACGUUCUUACGCAGUAGCCGUGGGCUCGGCGCAGGGCGAGCCAUCAAGCUCAGAACAUAUGAUGGACGUGAUCGAGGCGGAGGAAGCGGCCAAGGCAGCUGGAAACAGCAACGUGACGGCCGAAACGAGCGGACGACCACGCCGACCGAAGGAGGGCGGAACAAUGCACCUCCCCCCAAGGAGCCAGCAGCUACACUCGAGAGCGUGAGGACGGCCCCGCAAGAAAAUGAGAGCCGCCAGCCAGCUACGGAUGCUACUCAGGCAGAGGAAGUCAACGCGACCCCAACUGGCGCCCGCGUCGAAUGCGUCUCGGCACCGAUCAAGAGGUCCCUGCAGCGGGAGUAGAAAGUCGACGGAAAGGCCGGCGGCGACUCCGAGGCACCGCCCGCUAAGACGCUACCCGGAAGGUGCUCCACCCUCAAGCCUAAGCCGAACCUGGAGGCUGACCAUAGGCUUACCCCGAAGCCGAGCAAAGACGAACUCGAGCGACGGCCACCGGAUAGCCACGGAGGCGUCUAGCGGUAAACUAGACGUUAAGGUCUGGCUGCCAAAAGGAAACAGAGUCAGGUGUAUGGACUGCUAGUGGACCCCGACUUCGACGUUUUAGCAGUGCAAGAAACCAAGGUAGACUGCGAGGAGGAGACCGGGAGCAUGGUGUGAAGGUUCACAUAUAACUACUAUACGGUAGUGUAAGCAACGAACACUGCGCCUUCACUACAAGACCCUGUUUUUCCAAGAAAUCGAGGUGCCUGGAGGACAUUGAGGAGACAGUCCCACAAGCGGCGGGCUGCAUGCCUGCAGCCUCGCCGCCACCCCUGGUUCGACCCCCCUUCGCUGACCGCUGGCAUCUCCCUCCGCCUCGAG